GUCACAAUGUAGUGAGUCAGGAGCUUGGGACUGGUUUGUCCCACAGGCCCAGGGCCUGUGUAGAACCUCCUAAGGCCGGCCUGCAGUGACAGAUCCACCAAAACGGAGGCCAGCUAACCUGCUGCCACUGAGGUUUGGGUGCACCUGACCGGAUGUUCGCCUCAGUGGCCAUGUGCUUCCAGGAAGGCUAACUUGACCACACCCAGCCUCACCCAGCCAGUGACUGCCUUCUCGGUGGGCUUGUCGCCUGAUUCCAGCCCAUGAGACCCAUUGGUGUUCUGCUGCAGAGCUUCUGAGACAGGCUGCUGACAUCCACCAACAAGAAAUGGGCUCUCUUCCUACAGUUGCUUUCCUGUCGAGAUAGAUCCAAGCCAGUCUGCAGGUGUAUGGCUUACGUGUCACCCAGGCUCAGAGCUUUCCUCUCCGAACCCAUGGGAGACAAAGAUGUUGCUUGCAUAGAUGGGAUCAGCCAGGCGCUUGCCGACACUUUAGUCGCCAAAGGUUUCAGCAAGGCCUACAUCCUCUUGGGGCAGUUCCUUCUGAUGCACAAGAACGAAGCUGCGUUUCAGAACUGGAUCAUCUACUGCUGCGGUGCCACUGAGUGUGAGGCCAAGAGGAGCUCCAAAUGCCUGAAGGAGUGGUGCACCUGCUUCCUGUAGACACCUGGCCAGGACCUGGAGUCCAGAAAAAAGGACUUUUUCCAGGACUCAGUCAAAGACAUUGGCUCAGCCGGCUCGGUCGGGAAGACUGGUUUGGAUGAGAAUUAGAGAGCUGUGGAAACUGCAGUGGGCGGGGAGGGGUAGGCAGGGACGACCCCAGGUCUCCCCACCCCCACGGGAAGUAGGGCUGAGCAAAGCAUGGGUGCAGACAGCACUGCAGCUCCUGAACUGCCUGCCUUCCCAGCUGCCCAUCAGCCUCUGAGGCUGGUCUGCCUUGUUGACCAGUUGCCUAGUCCAGGGUUAUUUUCUCCUAAGUGUCUCAUUGCCUGUUUUGCUUUUUUGCGUCCUCAGCACCAUCAACACACACACCCUCCGUGCUCCUAAGUCUGUCUGUGGAGUAUAGACGGGGAAUGGAGCCAGCUGCUGUGGAUCCGAGUGACUCCCCAGUGCUCCCCUGCUGGCUUCUCCCCAGCCCUGGCAAGCUACAGGGAGGGGAACGCUCCUGGGAAGACGUCUCUGGGUUCUGUCUCCGGGUGGAGGGCAAGUAUCACC